AUGUUGAAUAUGAGAUAUGUUGGUUCCGAUACCCACUUGCUUAUCCCCAAGAAUGAGCACUACGAUGCUGCUGACUCUUUUGUUCAGAGACACAAAAGUGAGUUUGGGUUCACCUUGGAUAGAAUGGUACUUGUUGAUGAUGUUCAGGUUAUUCUUGUAGUCAAGGGUCGCGACAAAGAGACGUGCAAUCCCUUUGAAGAGGUCAAGAGCAUUGAAACUCAGAAAACUAACUCUUCUGCGUCCCACAAAUCUGUCUACUUUGAAAGCAAAGGAUGGAUAGAAACGGCUAUUUACAAGUUGAAAGAUCUUGUCAAAGGGAACUUGGUUCAUGGUCCAGCAAUUAUUCUCGAUGAAACUCAGACGAUUGUCAUUGAGCCCUUUUCAUUUGCAACUAUUUUGAAAAGCCAUGUGCUCAUCUCCAUCGAGCAAGGCAGUGCUCCAGAACUCUCCGCCAACGUGGUGGAUCCAAUUCAGCUCUCUGUAUUUGGCCAUAGAUUCAUGUCAAUUGCAGAGCAGAUGGGUCGAACUUUGCAACAAACUGCCAGUUUCUACCAAUAUUAA